AUGGAGAACCAGAAGAUCUCCGAUUUCCUCGCCGACCAGCUGCAGCAAGCUCCCGAACAGCACCAGGCGUCGUUCCUGAGCUUCGAAGACUUCUGGGAGCGAAAGCUAUGGCACCAGCUCACCAAUGCCUUGGUUGAUUUCUUCCGUCUACCAGAGAGUGCUCCCCAGCGGUUACCGAUAUUCAAGACCUUUGUUCUGAGCUUCGCGGACCGGAUCAACCAGCUCAACUUUGUCUCGUUGGGGUUGAUGGCGUCAACAGAGUGCGCAGAUGACCAAGAACGACUAUCCUUCCUCACAUCACUCGCCGAUAAGGUGAACAAACCAGACUCACAAGACGCUUAUAUCUACGCCCUUGCGGAGCUCGCCAACGUCAAACAACGGCUUCAGAAUUUGGAUGGAGCACAGAAGGAUCUAGAUACAUGCCAGAGAGUCCUGGACUCGUUCGAUGCGGUCGAGACUGUCGUACAUGCGUCAUUUUACAAAGUCAACGCCGACUACUAUCACGCCAAAGAAGAAUUUGCCUCCUUCUACAAAAAUGCCCUUCUUUACCUUGCUUGCAUCAGCCUAGAGGAUAUCCCCGAAUCCGAGCGAGUUUCCCGCGCCUACAACCUGAGUGUCGCCGCUCUCGUCUCAGACUCCAUCUACAACUUUGGAGAACUCCUUCUUCAUCCAAUCCUGGAUUCCCUGGCAGAUACGCCACACACCUGGCUCCGAGACCUUCUCUUCGCCUUUAACCGUGGUGACCUAACCGCCUAUGACGUCCUCGCGGGCAACGUGUCCAAGAACCAGUUCCUCCACUCCCACCGCUUCUUCCUAUACCAGAAGAUCUCGCUUUCGGCACUGACGGAAAUGGUGUUCCGCCGCCCACCGCACGACCGCAACUUGACCUUCGCGUCCAUCUCCGCAGAGACGAAGGUGCAGCCCGGGGAGAUCGAACACUUGGUUAUGAAGGCGCUGUCGCUGGGACUGCUGAAGGGUGCUAUUGACCAGGUUGGCCAGGUUGCUCAGAUCAACUGGGUGCAGCCCAAGGUGCUGGAUAUGAAACAGAUUGACGGUAUGCGAAAUAGAUUGAAGGACUGGGAUGCUGGUGUUAACCAGCUGGGUCACUGGAUCGAGGGUGUAGGCAAGGAUGUGUGGGCUGCAUAA